CCCAGGCAGCCCCUGCCGCUGGAGAGCUCUUUGUCGACCCCAGGGAGAAUUCCGCCCGCCCUAGGGCGGAGCACCAGAGCGCUUUGCGUGCCCUAGACGGGACAGCUGGCCGCACCCCACCCCCCCGCAGCGUCCAACGCUGAAUCGGCGGUUAACCGAAGGUACCCAUAGCCCUGCCUCCCUCUCCUGAGGCUGCCGGACGGUAGCUCGGGAAAGCCCCGUCGCUGCCUUUGCCGCUGCCUCGCAAGGUCAAAGCGCUCUCGCUAUGGAGGAGACUAGGCGCCUUUCACCCAGAGGAAGCGACUCCCAGGCAGGUGGGCUCGGGCUUGGCGCCUGGCGCGCUGCGCUGCCGGCGGGUUGGACUUGCGUAUCUUCGCGGGGUGAUUAGACGGUGGGGAAUCGCUUCGAGUCGAGCGUCUCUCUCUCGAAGCAGCAGAAAGUUCCUUCUGUCGCUGCAGAUCUCGCUUCUCUGGGUUCUUAAAGAUGGGCUCCCUGUAACAAACUAGUGGUCCUGAGAAGGCAAGGACUUGCUGGGCUGGGCAAAUUGCAAUGGAGAAGACCGCUGAUGAGACACUCGCUGGAACUAUGGCUGCUAUCCUGUGGCUUACCUUACACCAGACAUGCCCACCAAAUCCACAGUGUGCAAUGUUCAGAAGAGAAAAGGCUUGUUGAAGAUUAUUAGGCCUACUCUUAUGUACCCAUUUUGAAGUUCGCGGCAUAAUCCCUUGUAAAGAGGAGGAACGAUGACUUUUUAUAGUUUCUGUUUGCUCCUCUUUGCGUUUACUUGGAAUACCUCUGCCUAUGCCUAUGGGCCAAAUCAAAGGGCACAGAAGAAAGGAGAUAUUAUUCUUGGGGGACUAUUCCCCAUUCAUUUUGGAGUGGCUGCUAAACACCAGGAUUUAAAAUCUAGGCCAGAAUCUGUUGAGUGCAUAAGGUAUAAUUUCCGUGGUUUCCGUUGGCUUCAGGCAAUGAUCUUUGCCAUCGAGGAAAUUAAUAACAGCCCUACUCUUCUUCCCAACAUGACCCUUGGAUACAGCAUAUUUGACACCUGCAACACGGUCUCCAAAGCCCUGGAAGCCACGCUGAGUUUUGUGGCACAAAACAAGAUAGACUCCCUGAAUCUGGAUGAGUUCUGCAAUUGCUCAGAGCACAUUCCUUCCACAAUUGCUGUCGUGGGAGCAACUGGCUCUGGGAUCUCUACUGCUGUGGCCAAUCUUCUGGGUCUCUUUUACAUACCUCAGGUUAGCUAUGCUUCAUCCAGCCGUCUGCUGAGCAACAGGAAUGAGUACAAAUCUUUCCUACGCACCAUCCCCAAUGAUGAACACCAGGCCACUGCCAUGGCAGACAUUGUCGAGUACUUCCGCUGGAAUUGGGUGGGUACCAUUGCAGCAGAUGACAAUUAUGGCCGGCCAGGAAUUGAAAAGUUCAGGGAAGAAACGGAGGAGAGAAACAUCUGCAUUGACUUCAGUGAGCUCAUCGCCCAGUAUUUACCUGAGGACCAGAUCCAGCAGGUGGUGAAAGUCAUUGAGAAUUCCACAGCUAAGGUGAUAGUUGUUUUCUCUAGCGGCCCAGAUCUUGAACCCCUGAUCAAAGAGAUUGUCACACGUAACAUCACUGGCAGGAUUUGGCUGGCAAGUGAAGCGUGGGCCAGCUCUUCACUGAUAGCUAUGCCACAAUUCUUUCACGUGAUGGGUGGCACCAUUGGAUUCGCUCUGAAGGCAGGACAGAUCCCUGGCUUUCGCGACUUUCUACAGAAGGUGAACCCAAAGAAAUCGGUUAACAAUGGAUUUAUCAAAGAGUUUUGGGAGGAGACGUUUAACUGCUACCUGGCAGAUGGUAACAAAAAUUAUCCAGGCUCUGCUUCUUUUCAGAAGAGCCGUGAAGAAGGCACUGGAGCUGGAAAUGGCACAACUGCCUUCCGCCCUCCAUGUACAGGGCAUGAAAACAUCACCAGUGUGGAGACUCCAUACAUGGAUUAUACUCACCUGCGGAUAUCUUACAAUGUAUACUUGGCAGUAUACUCCAUUGCCCAUGCGUUGCAGGAUAUAUACACUUGCACUCCUGGGAAAGGGCUGUUCACCAAUGGGUCAUGCGCUGAUAUCAAGAAAGUUGAGGCUUGGCAGGUACUGAAGCACCUGCGGCAUUUGAACUUCACAAAUAAUAUGGGGGAGCAAGUGGAUUUUGAUGAAUCUGGGGGCCUAAUAGGGAAUUACUCAAUUAUCAAUUGGCACCUGUCACCAGAGGAUGGCUCCAUUGUAUUUGAGGAGGUUGGACACUAUAAUGUUUAUGCCAAGAAAGGAGAGAGGCUGUUUAUCAAUGAAAACAAGAUUCUGUGGAGUGGAUUCUCCAAGGAGGUCCCAUUCUCUAACUGCAGCAGAGACUGCCUGCCAGGCAAAAGGAAAGGCAUUAUUGAGGGAACGUCUACAUGUUGCUUUGAAUGUGUAGAAUGCACCGAUGGGGAGAUCAGUGAUGAGACAGAUUCCAGUGCAUGUGAGAAGUGUGAUGAAAACUUCUGGUCUAAUGAAAACCACACAUUCUGUAUUCCCAAACAAAUAGAAUUUUUGUCUUGGACAGAGCCGUUUGGGAUCGCUCUCACCCUUCUCGCUAUACUAGGCAUCUUCCUAACCUCAUUUGUCCUGGGUGUCUUUACCAGAUUUCGCAACACACCCAUCGUCAAGGCCACAAACCGUGAACUCUCUUACCUCCUCCUCUUUUCCUUGCUGUGCUGCUUCUCCAGUUCCCUUUUCUUCAUUGGUGAACCACAGGAUUGGAAUUGCCGCUUGCGGCAGCCAGCCUUUGGUAUCAGCUUUGUCCUCUGCAUCUCCUGUAUUCUGGUGAAGACCAAUCGUGUCCUCUUAGUCUUCGAGGCCAAGAUACCCACAAGUCUCCAUCGCAAGUGGUGGGGUCUUAACCUUCAAUUCCUCCUGGUCUUCCUAUGCACUUUUGUACAGAUAGUCAUCUGUGUCAUCUGGCUCUACACGGCUCCCCCUUCCAGCUUUCGGAAUCAUGAGCUGGAAGAUGAUAUCAUCUUUAUCACCUGCAAUGAGGGCUCCUUGAUGGCACUGGGGUUCCUGAUUGGUUACACUUGCCUCCUGGCUGCUAUCUGCUUCUUCUUUGCUUUCAAAUCCCGCAAGCUGCCUGAAAACUUCAAUGAGGCCAAAUUCAUCACCUUCAGCAUGCUGAUUUUCUUUAUUGUUUGGAUCUCUUUUAUCCCUGCUUACGCCAGCACCUAUGGUAAAUUUGUCUCAGCUGUGGAGGUGAUUGCCAUACUAGCUGCCAGCUUUGGGCUCCUGGCUUGCAUUUUCUUCAACAAGGUCUACAUCAUCCUCUUCAAGCCCUCACGCAACACCAUUGAGGAGGUGCGCUGCAGUACUGCUGCCCACGCCUUCAAGGUUGCAGCCAGGGCUACGCUGCGACGCAGCAAUGUGUCUCGCAAGAGGUCUAACAGUCUUGGAGGCUCCACAGGUUCUACUCCAUCCUCAUCCAUUAGCAGUAAAAGUAACCACGAAGACCCCUUUUCACUAACAACACCAGUGGACCAGCAGCAGCAACAUGGGUGCAAGCAAAAGGUGAGUUUCAGUGGUGGGACUGUCACAUUCUCACUGAGCUUUGAGGAGCACCAGACAAAUGCAGUAGCCAACCAAAAUGCAAAACACAGGAACUCUUUGGAAGCCCAAAACAGUGAUGAUAGCCUCAUGCGACACAAGGCCCUGCUUCCUCUGCAGCCCAGUGAACCUCUAGGCAUUGAGUCCAACUUCCAGACACCCACAAGUCACGACUCCAACACACAGGAAUCAGUAAUGGGAGAAACCAAGCAAGAAGGGCAAAACUCAGAAGAAGAGCAACCUCACUUGUCAACUGCACACUUCCGGGAUUUUGUAGGCAGUGACUCCAUCACAGAGAAUACCAUCCAUUCAUAAUCAAAAACAGAGGAAUCGGUUCCCUCUGCUCUUCUCUGGAAUUGGAAAAAAGGACUGGAUACAUCUAUGACACAGCCAGCCACUUCUUACUGUUAGAAUCAGCAGGGUAAACUCGCCUCCAAAGGGAUGCGGGGGGGGGAGUUUCAGAAGCAUACGCCUAGUGAUCCUUUUAGUGAACGUCUGUGCUGGGUGUGGAAAAUAUGAGAAGAAACCCCUUGGGAGGACUAGCACUUUUUUUUUCCAGCUGGGUUUUGGCAAAUUUUUGUUGUUAUCACCAUUCCACUAUAGUGGGUCCAGACCACCACCUUGCUGGCUACUGAAUAUGUCUGAACAGUUCCAAUAGCAUGCUCUGCUUUUACAUUGAUGUAUAUUAUCCCUUUUCUUUAUGAUGUAUAAUAGUUCAUCUUUAUAUGUAAAACUGCUUAGCCAUAUUACAACAAGGAAAACCUUGCUGCUGUACAGAAAACAGGACAUGCAGUUUGACUUGGGGGAACAUCAUCCUCAAGUCCCCAGGGAAACAUGGUAAAUAAAUUUCAGC